CCAGCCGCAGCCCCAGAGAAUGAAUGAAAUUGAAAUAGCUGCUACAUUACAUGUACAAUACCGGGCUCUGCAGUGUUGCAUUCUAUCAUACUAUAUCAAAAUGGCCACAGCGGUACAGAACCCCCUCAAAUCGCAAUCUGGAGGUGCAGUCAUCAAGAACAGUCUUGGUGAGGAGUUUUAUAAGGAGGCCAUUGAACACUGUCGCAGCUACAAUGCCCGUCUGUGUGCAGAGCGCUCCAUGCGUCUCCCCUUCCUCGACUCCCAGACCGGCGUGGCCCAGAGCAACUGCUACAUCUGGAUGGAGAAGAACCACCGUGGACCAGGUCAUGCUCCAGGUCAGUUGUACACAUAUCCCGCUCGCUGCUGGCGCAAGAAGAGACGGCUAAACAUCCUGGAGGACCCGCGGCUUGUACCAAUCGAGUUCAAGAUUGACUACGAGGCUUCUCUAAAGAAGGAGGGGGGCAUCCCAGACGGUCCUGUGCUGGAGUCGCUGCUUGCUGGGGAAACCCUGGACAAGAAGGUAGAAACCAAGGAAGAAGAGCCAAUGAGCGAAUGUCAGAAGUUGCUUGUCGGGGAUUUCCCUCAUGAGCUGGAGGUGGACGAGAUGGAGGAAGACAUCCCGAAGCGCAAGAACCGUACCAAAGCACGGGCCUAUGGUGUCGGGGGCAUGAGAAAGAGACAAGAGCUGCCUGCCAUCGAAGACAGAGACAAGCCUUACGUCUGUGACAUCUGUGGAAAGCGCUAUAAGAACCGUCCAGGGCUGAGCUACCAUUACACUCACACACACCUGGCAGAUGAGGAGGGUGAAGAAGACUCAGAGCGACACACGCUACCCUUCCAGCGCAAGAACAACCACAAGCCCAAGAAAGCACCGGACGGCUCAGUCAUCGCCAACGGCUACUGCGACUUCUGCCUCGGAGGCUCAAAGAAGACCGGCUGUCCUGAAGACCUAAUCUCCUGUGCGGACUGUGGACGCUCAGGCCACCCGUCCUGUCUGCAGUUCACAGUGAACAUGACGGCUGCGGUGAGGACUUAUCGUUGGCAGUGCAUCGAGUGCAAGUCGUGCAGCCUGUGUGGCACCUCUGAGAACGACGACCAGCUGCUGUUCUGUGAUGAUUGUGACAGAGGCUACCACAUGUACUGUCUGAGCCCUCCCAUGUCUGAACCACCAGAGGGGAGCUGGAGCUGUCAUCUGUGUCUGAGACAACUGAAGGAGAAGGCCUCAGCCUACAUCACCCUCACUUAAUCUGCAGAGCUGCUCCUCACCCUCUCGGCCUGUCGUCCUCUCCCACACCACCUCUCCGUCGACCCUCCUCUUGUGAUCCGCUCGCCUCCACUUUCUCCACAAUCUGUCCCCGUGACCUUUGACAUGACUGAGCGCAGAGCACCGCAGCGCUGCACCCAUUCUUGAACGUCUCUCAGCGGCGAGCCAACCUCUGUCCUUUUGUCACUCAAAUUCACUGUUGUGCUUGACCUGAACCGCCCCUCCCCUCCAUUCCUGCUCUGUCUCAACAGAGGAAUUCAUCAGCUGGCAAUAAGUUUGCUAGCAAGACACACACUCCAGCCUGCCAAGGGCACUUCUGAGGCAUACUACUCCACAGGAACCCCCAUAAGGGCCCUCGGAUGAGCCCUAAUGAUCUUCAGCUGCAUCUCAGUCAAGUAGUGAGUGAGAAUUAAUAAGAUGGAUAGGUGUUAGGCAGAGGACAGGGCUUUGAAGACCCUGAAUAACCAUGGAGAAGUAUGUUUCAGUGUUAGCCAACUGUGAAAUAUACACCCAACCAAAAUUUCAUUUUCUCCCUCUGUCCUUUACCACGUGUGGCAGGGCUGAGGUGCUGAACUCUGCUCCGUUAUUUGUCUGCAGGGCUUCCUCGCCCUGAGCAGUUCCAAACGAGGAGUGCAUUGUACAGAAUUCUGACUGAUUCUCUAUCCACAUGCUCAUAAAAACUCCCCUCACUGGAAAACGAGGAGCAUCUGGUCAGGAACUCAGACCAUCUUUGACCUCACCCAGUCCUCUCUCCUUGCAUGGGGUUUCCACAAAUUAAUGAUGCAUUUUGAGAAUGACACUGAAGGUUUUAGUGCACGGAUGUGAUCCUCUGAUGAAAGGAGAGAAGGAUUUUUCUCUAAUCAGCUAUCUCUGAUCAAACAGUGUAUUUAAAAAUGACAAUUUAGGCUUAGCAUCUCUCACAAAUCCUUUACCUGACCUGUAUUCGCCCUUUCCUCCUAUGAAACAAUGACUGUGAAGCCAAUGCGAGAGUGAAACGCUCCUGGUGCUUGGUAUGUAUUAUCUGUGUGUUAAGAAUGUAGGAUUGAUGUGUGGACAAUGCAGAUUCUGUCUGGCCCACGCCGAGGCCUAAAAACUUAUUUUUUAUGAUUCCUUUUUCAAUUUUUUUUUUCAUUUGCAUGUUGUUAUUUCAAUUGUUUUUAAAAACUUUUAAUUGAAAUUGAAAAGAAAGCACACUUAAUUCGCAAUAAUGUGUUUGUGAUAUGAACUCUUUUGGCCAAACUGGGUGUGUUUUAAACUCUGUGUGUGCCUGUGUGUCUGUUUGUGUGAGUUUAUUUGAGCACUACAGUAAGUGUAGCCAGCUCUGUGCUCAGUGGGAUCUGUGAGAGGAUGCGAGUAACAGGGUGGUAAUGUGAAUAUAAGGAAAGUCAGCAUUUUCCUGUUCAGGCGUUCUGGCAGAGGUGGGAGAACUCUCAAGUCUUGGUGCUGAAGUCGAGACAAGCAAGUGUUAAAGGAACAGAUGAGAAGUUAUAGUUUCACAGGUUAUGUGCCAGACGAUUUCUUGGCAGUGACUCCAGGAAGUUGCUGUGUCCAGCAAAGAAAGAGUUCGGCACAUAACCCAAUUAAAAAAAAAAAAAAAAAAGAAACACAACUUGCCGGUUACACCCUUUGUUUUAUAUAACAUAGUCCUUGAGCUUUAGAGGUGCUAGUAGGCAGAUUGUGUUUACUCAAGACACUGCCAGGCUAGCUGCCUCUCCAGCUUGUAGUCUUAAGGCUAAGCUAAGCUAACUUUCUCAUGGCUGUAGCUUGAUAAUUAUCAAUCAGUAAGAGUGGUAUCAAUUUUCUCAUCUAACUCUCACAAUCCUGAAAGCUGAAAGAGUUUUGUCCUAAAAGGACAAACUCGUCACCAAAAUUAAUGCCAUCUAAUAUACUUCUUGUUCAAGGAUUUCCUCUCUGACACACUCUAAUUUAGUAGGAAACCAAAUCCUGGAUAAACAUCGCCACAGCACAGUACACCUUAAAAGAUGGGUUUUAACAGUCACUAAACCACCCCCGUCUCUUAUUCCACUUUUAUUUAUACAAGAGAAACAGUCAAAGUAUCAUCAAAAUACAGUACAAAUCAAGUCCACUGCUUCUGCUUGACAUUCUCCAUCAUGUUCACAUUUAAGUAACACAGAAGCUUUAAUAACUUAAUGAGGUCCCCAAAGACAGUUCAAAGUCACGCGGUGGCUUAAAUCAGUUGCUUUUCUAAGGCACUAUUUUGUCCUGCAGAACAUGAGGCCACCUGUCUCCUUAAAGACAUUGACAAGAGAUGAUGUUGUUACCUGCCAGUGUGCUCUGCACAAUAGAGGCCAGUCCAAAUGUUCAGGCUGAGUUUGUCGUGAUGGGGUUAAUAUGCCAGCCAGCAUGCAUGUUUGUCAGCUUGCACUGAAACUCCCCCUUUGUUUCUUUAAACCCAAAGUUCCAUGAUUUUAUCCUCAACCAGUUUAACUGGACUUCUCCAGGCAACUUAAAUGGGCAUGUUGAAGGACAGGUGAAGUGUGUCAUUGUGAGUUGCUGCUCGAUGUGAGUCGCACUUGGCCGAGAGUAAAUGGUUUAUAGCAUAUAAGGUUUGCCAUCUCUUGGAUUAUAUAUAGGCACUGACCACCUUUUUUUCAAUCUGGGAACAUAUACUGUAACAACCGUGGUGUCAUUCAUUGGUUUGUGGACUACUGUUUUGGAUCCAACUAAGAACUUGAGGACGCCAUCACAAGGUAGCCCCACUCUGAAGCAUAACCUGCUUUAUCAUCUAUUUUACUGUAAAUGAGACCAUAAUUUCCAACAUGACCAUUAUUCUGCUUUUAAAAAGUAUUGAAAUUGCCAGUUGAGACCAUAAACUCAUUAGGAAAAGGUUUACUGAGGUAACAAAUCAAAUUAAAAGUAGGGUCAUUUUCUCUUAAACCUCAAAGCAAUCAGAUCAGUGGAAUCGCCCCUUGCUAGUCAUUAGAAAGAAUGCAGGUUUAAGGCAUUUUGAAGUUGGUUACGUUUUUAAGACCUGGAGGCUCCAUCUUUUAUGUACAUUCUAUGGAGUAAAACAAGUUCAGUGCUCAUCUCAGCAGAUAAGAACUGGAGGAACACUGGGCGAACCAAAAAUAAUAACCACUGUCUUUAUUCAUAAUAUGAGAACACUGGGUUUCGCAAAUUGCAGUGUUGUAUCAGCAAUUCACAUAAAACACAAAAACGCACAUAUAUUACAAGAAUACAUGACCAAAUAGGUAUAUAUACUUAAAAUUAAUAUACCAUAAUAAGGUUUCUGCUCUGUUCACAUCUCCACUUCAGUCUGUUAUUGAGCUCAGAAUCACUGAGUAGAGCAGUGGUAGGAGUAGGCUCUAUUCUUGCCAUAAAUUAGGGAAUGGAUCAAGGGCAACAAAUUGUGGUUAUGUACAGUACUUUACAUUCUUGUGUACACAUUAAAGUAUGAAACAGCUCAGAAUCAGUUGGCUUUGGUUUGAAUGAACAUCUUAUUUUAAUGCUGCAUCACAUCUCUGAAAGGGAACUCGCAAGAUCAGAUGGCUCGUGAGAAUGUACCUGAACUGUAGUUAUGUUCGCCAUCUGAUACAGAGGGACAGUAGGUGCAAAUACUGUGCUACCCCUCAGUCUAAUGUAACGCCACCGUUGCAUGAAUGACACCACCAGCGUGUCUGAUUUCUUAUUUUGAUAUUGCCAGUAAUGCUUUUUUAAAUAAUGGUGAGAGAAAACCUUCAACUUCUGUUCAAAUUCCUGUUUGGUUUUCUAAUUUGUGUUUUUUUUCCUCACAUUUUGCACAGUGUGGCUGCAUUUGGUCUUCAAGUAUGAUAAUGUCUGUAUGUGUGUGUGUGUCUGUAUAUGUGUGUGUGUGUGUGUGUGUGUGUGUGUGUGUGUGUGUGUGUGUGUGUGUGUGUGUGUGUGUGUGUGUGUGUGUGUGUGUGUAUAAUCAUUUAUGACUACUGGAAGGUCAGCAAAAAAGCAAACUGAACCAAAAUAAUGAAUUACUAUUACUCUGCAGACAUUUUCUUCUCAUUGGAACCAGAUGCAUGGCACAGCACUGCUACAGGAUUGUAAUGUUGAGUACAGACUGCAACAAGAAGUGUACUUAAGUGUACACUUUUCACAUAAGGCACUUGGAUUGUGCUGUUUCAUCUUAUGAUGUGUUGAAUUAGUAGUAUAGUUGCCAACAAAACCAACAGUAUCCAAUCAAAAAUUGUUUAUUUCCAUUAACCAAUCAGAGCUAACACCUUGACUUGAAGUGUGUUUGAAUGGAAAUAGGGAUGAUUGUCAGAUUGAAUCUAAUGGAAAUGCCUGUGCUUUGGAUGAUGAUGAUGAUGGUGAUGAUGUCAAUGGUGACUGAAAAGCCUUUACAUUGGGAGCUUUCCUGGCACUUAGUAGGAGAAGCAUGGUGGAGUCAAACUAAUUUUGAUUGUACUAUCUGGGGAGGGUGGGGAAGCCAUGUUGGGGUGUUGGAAGGGUGGGUAUCCACGUGAUUAUUUACUGAAACUUGAGCUUUCCCUUUGUACAAAUGGACAAACCAAGGUGAAGCUGAUGAUGAAGGGUGGGGGUGUGGGGUCACGCAAAGUCCCACCAGGAAUCUCCAGGCCUCAAGUUGACGCCGUCACCCCCAUCCCGCUGUAUUUCAGGCUGUCGGGGUGUCCCAGUCAGAGGGUUGAGACUUUGGGCCACUCCAGGCCUCUCUUGUAAAUUGUCGUUCUGUGAUCUUGCUUGCACUUUUUUUUUCCUUUCCCAAAAAUAAAAAACUAAUUGUAAGUAUGUAUGUGUGUGAGUGCGGGUGCACUUUUUAUUUUUAAUCUCUGCAUUUUUUCAACGUGAUUGUCUGUUGUAAACAACACUGGAUAAAGAUGAGUUUUUAAUUUGUAUUUUUUACCUUGAGAGGAAGAUGAAAUCUUCUUGGACAUUUUUUAACCCCCGGCUCCUUCUCCCUUUCCUCCCCCCUUCUCUCUCUCUUUCUCUUUCUCUUUCCGGUACCUGGGAAUGCUUUGAAAUGUGGACUGUGACCGCAUUGCUGUCAUCACUGCUGUCAGUCAUUCUCUGUGAAUUCAUUCGGCUUUCUCAAUUUACCCAGUUUUUUCUCUCUUCCCUUGACUCAUUUUUUUUCCAUUAAAAGAUGAGAUUGAAAAAUGAA